AUGAGUUCAACGUUUUCUCCUGCAGGCAAGCCUUGCAUCAGUGUGAGCAAUGGCAAGUUCCCAUCUCGAAAAUCAACAGUUACAAGAGCUGAAGUGACCAUGGCUCCCCAGCACCGAAGCACGCGCACUUUCCCUGCAUUGUUGAAACAUGGCAUUCCUCUUGCUGAUUUACAUGUACAGGAAAUUGUAGAGAGGCAGUCUCACAAUAACAACUCAGGGAGGGAAGAUCCUUGUAGGAAGCCAGAGUUCCAACCUAUGUUUCUUGAAGAAGCAUACGAGAGUUGCAGGAAAAUUUGUGCAGAAUAUGCCAAGACCUUCUAUCUAGGAACUUUGCUAAUGACCGAGGAGCGACAGAAAGCCAUAUGGGCAAUAUAUGUUUGGUGCAGGAGAACAGAUGAACUUGUCGAUGGCCCAAAUGCUGGUUAUAUGAGCCCUGCAGUUCUUGAUAGGUGGGAAGAGAGACUGCAAGACAUUUUUUAUGGACGCCCUUAUGACAUGCAUGAUGCUGCACUAGCUGAUACUGUUUUCAAGUUCCCUUUAGACAUCAAGCCAUUUAAGGACAUGAUCGAAGGAAUGAGAAUGGAUACAAGGAAAUGUCGGUAUGAGAACUUUCAAGAGCUUUACCUGUACUGCUACUGUGUGGCUGGAACUGUUGGGCUAAUGAGUGUUCCAGUGAUGGGAAUUGCACCAGAUUCUCUGGUUUCUGCUCAAGGUGUAUAUAAUGCAGCACUCUACUUGGGAAUUGGAAACCAACUGACCAACAUUCUCAGAGAUGUAGGAGAGGAUGCUUCAAGAGGGAGAGUUUAUCUUCCCCAAGAUGAGCUUGCACAGUUUGGACUAUGUGACAAUGAUGUUUUCUCAAGAAAAGUCACUGAUAGAUGGAGAGAAUUCAUGAAAGAGCAGAUUACAAGGGCAAGAUUCUAUUUCAACCUGGCAGAGGUGGGAGCUUCUCAGCUCGACAAGGCUAGUCGUUGGCCAGUAUGGUCAUCCUUAUUAUUGUAUCGAAUGAUCUUGGAUUCAAUUGAGAGCAACGAUUACGAUAACUUGACAAAGAGAGCUUAUGUUGGAAGGACUAAGAAACUUCUCAUGUUGCCUCUAGCAUACACUAGAUCUCUAUCAAGGCAUAGCCUGAUCCUUAACUAAUAACAACGUG